CGCAUAAAGCCCUGCUGCGUAUGCAAAGACGAGAAAUCGCGACGCGACGAAUGCAUGCUAUUCUCCAAAGGAUCGGAUCCCGCAGCGGACUGCAAGUCGACCAUCGAUCAAUACCGAACUUGCAUGGCUGGAUUUGGCUUCCAGGUCUAA